AUGAAUCAAUAGGGAAGUCGAGGAGCGAGUGAUGCGCAAGUUGCUGGGUGUCACAUAACCGCAGCUUUGUGCUGACUCACUUGCCAACGCAGGAACGUCAGCACUCAGCAGUGUAAAUAUGGAACAUGCCGUUUACAUGAGACACACUGCCAUCGGGGAAUUAUAUAAUAUAGGCUACCCUUUGCCUGCUCAACUGAUUCAUAAUGGAUUGCUCUGAAAAUCAGUAUUAUGACACUGGAGAAUGCUACCCUUGUGUGCAGUGUCCACCAGGACAGGAACUCACAGAGGAUUGUGGGUACGGCUAUGGAGCACUGGCACGCUGCAGACCCUGUGACACCCGCUGGUUCAAAGAAGCAUGGGGGUCUCAUACGUGCCAGAUGUGCCAGGCGUGCCGCCGCGUGAACAGGAGAGAGCUGUCGCCCUGCAUGCCCACCAGGAAUGCCGUGUGUGGACCGUGCUUGCCAGGGUUUUACAGUAAGCGAAGGCUGGAUGGCCAGGAGAGUUUGGAGUGCAUGCCAUGUGGACCUCCCCCGUUCAGAGACCCACUCUGUCGCAGAAGUAGCGGAGUUGAGAUGGAAAAAUUCUGGAGACCCCAAACCACAUCUCAGUCCACCACUGCUGCAGUCACCACCUACGUUUGUUUGGCGGUUGCUGCCAUGGUGAUCCUGCUGUCUGUCACCUUGUUUAUGUAUCACAAAUAUACUUCUCUCAGGACAUUUUUUAAAGGUUGCCUGAUACCACACUGUAGCAGCAACGACGCUGAGGCCCCCUCUGUUUUCAUGGAAACACAGUGCCCACUGACCUCGGCGGAAGAGGAACAAGUCUCAGGAGUGACGCCAACACAAACAACCAGUGAUAAGGGAUCACCCAGCAGUGAGGAGGGCUGCAGCUUCUCUGCCAUGCCAACUGCACUCUGUGACUGGAGGGGGCACUUGUCGUGCCCUCCGCACCCGUCCAUCUGCAGCGACUGCUUGUCCGGCCUCACAUCCCAGCCGACCUCGGGACUCCCCACACCGCUGCCUGUAAGUGGCCACCUCACAGCAGUACCGAUGUCUGCCACAGGAGGGGGCCACUGCUCCUCGGAGGAGGGCUCCGGGUGGCUGCAACAGUGGCACGUCCCCGUGGAGUGCACUGAACUGGACAUCCAUGAGUCGUUUCCUCCUGGAGAAGCGGAGCUCCACACAUUCACAGGGUCGGGAUCAGAGCCAGGGCUGCCCAGGGAAGUUGAGCAUUCCCUGGACCUCUACUCUGCUGUCCCCUUAGACAGCAACCUGGAGCUGCAUGGGUGUUUGGAGACGGGGAGGACCAAUUACACAGAGGAACCAACCAGUUCUCUUUAGGCAUGCCUCUAAGUGACUUACAGGGUUGCUGGUGCGCAGUGGCUGGAUCCAGUGUUUCCUGGAGUGCAGAGCUACCAACAGUUUGCUCAGUGUUUGGAGGUACCUGCAGAGAUGGCUUGAGGGCUCAGAGGGUUCGAGAGCACGUCUUCCACUACCUCUUGUCCUGCACGCUGUUCACCGCACGGGUAUGCUGCCAACCUGCAUCGGCCUCAGAGACUGAAGUCCUAAUGUCCACUCAAAGCAUUAAAGAUAUAAGGGAAAACCAGUCAUGAAAUAGAGGCAGUAGUGGUUUUACACCUAAAGGCAAAAACACACACACAAUCCUGCCCCCUCUUGCAGACCAGUGCAUGUAAAGAAAGUGCAGAAGGGAUAACUUAUUGGUCCUACAAAUGCUGCAGUGGCUUAUGUAGAAAAUAGGCAUAUGUAUUCAACAAAACAACCAAUUCCUUGGGAUAUCUGUCACUAGAAGCCAGGCUGCUUAACUCCUGUUGGCUCAUGGGGUUUUCAACACUCAACAAAGUGUCAGCUGCCUGAAACUUGAAACUUUCACUGUGCCAAAAAGCAAAGAAAGUAAAGCAAUCAAGGGUAUAUUUUCUUUUCUUCUUUGAAUGUUUAUUUAUUUAUUGUAGGAUAUCUUGAUUCUGACAAAGAAAACAUAUUUUUUUACUGAGGAGCAUGUAUGCAGAUGAUCCGAUUUGAUUUUUAAGGCCAGUAUUAAUGAUUGUGGCGACUACAUGACAUGGAUAUAUUUCACAGUUGCAGAUGUUUAAUGAAAUUAAAUGCUGGAUUAAGACAUGUUUUUCUUUUUUUCUUUUUAAUUGACAAAGACUUUUACAAAAUGCCCUGCUAAAGUUGUUGUGAUGCUGCCAAAAUAAAUGUCCAUUUUAAAGCCCCCUUAAA